AUGGUGUUGCAGACUACUUAUCAAUACAAAGCUAUUAAGACUGAGAACAAAGAUGAAGAUACAAUAGAAAAGCUACCCAAAGCCAUUACUAUACUUUGUACUCAAGUGGAUGGUAUGGACAGUGAGAUACAAAAGCUAAAGACUAAUGAAGAUAACCUGAAGUCUAAAGCUAAUAUAAGUCAGCAACAUGACUGUAAAAAUGUGGAGCUACGUCGAUCGGAAGACGGUAAAAUUCCAGAUAUAAAAGGAGACGAUGGGAAACCCCCUAAAACCAAUAAUGUUUGUUUAAAUACAGAUGCAGGUACAAGCAGAAAAGUUAGUUAA